AUGGACGCGGCGUCGUCCGCAGAGCUGCGUCCGCCGGGCACGUUGGGGCCGCUGGCUGCCCUCUGCCUGGUGAAUCUCUUCUUUUCUGGGAAAAUUGAAAGUGCCGUACCUUCAUUAGCUUGUAGUGGAAAACCGGAACAGCACACUGAGCGACGUGGAGUCAUCUACAGCCCUUCCUGGCCAUUAAACUAUCCUCCAAACGUUAACUGCAGCUGGUACAUUCAAGGCGAUCGGGGUGAUGUGAUCACUAUUAGUUUUAAGAACUUUGAUUUGGAGGACUCCCCAAAAUGUUCAGUAGACUGGCUAAUGAUUGGCCCAUCUUCCAAGCGGGAGGAAUACCGAGUGUGUGGAUCCUUCAUCCCUCCUUCUUUCAUCUCUGCCAGGGAUCACGUCUGGAUAGUUUUCCAUGCAGAUCCGUCAAGUUCAGGGCAGGCGCAGGGAUUCCGCCUUUCUUACAUCCGAGGAAAAAUCGGCCAAGCCAAUUGCCAGUCUGAUGAAUUCCGUUGUCUGAAUGGCAAAUGCAUCCCCAGCUCUUGGAAGUGCAAUUCAGUGGACGAAUGUAGUGAUAAUUCAGAUGAGAAAAACUGCACCGUUCCCCCAACCGAGCCCCAGUCCAGCAUCUGUCCGGCGGGAACGUUCCAGUGUAGCAUAGCCCAUUCCACCAAGUGCUUGUUAAACGAGCUGAAAUGCAACACGGUGAAAGACUGCAGCGAUGGCUCCGACGAAGAAAACUGCCCCGACCUUUCAUGCGGCAAAAGGCUGAGCAACUUCUAUGGGUCUUUCGCUUCGCCGGACUUGUUCCGCUCGGAUCACAGCCGGGCGGACCUCCGCUGCACUUGGUACGUGGACACCCAAGACAACCGCCACGUCCUCCUUCAGCUCGAUCUGCAACUGGGGUACAACGACUACGUGAAGGUGUACGACGGGCUGGGGGAGAGAGGCGACAAACUGAUGCAGACCCUUUCGUAUCACAACAACAGGCACUCUGUGAGCUUGGAGUCUUCCAAGGGGCAGCUGACUGUAGCAUACCACGCCCGCUCGAAGAGCACCGGCCAUGGUUUCAACGCAACCUAUCAGGUGAAAGGCUACUGCCUGCCUUGGGAGCAUCCCUGUGGCAACGACGAGGAGUGCUACUCCGACAAACAACACUGCGACGGCUGGUGGCAUUGCCCCAAUGGCAAAGACGAAGAGAACUGCCCUGCCUGCCAGAAGAACGAAUACCCGUGCGAGGGCAACAGCGGGCUGUGCUAUUCGUUGCUCGACCGGUGCAACAACCAAAAGAACUGUCCCGACGGCUCGGACGAGAAGAACUGCUUCACCUGCCAGCCGGGCAACUUCCAUUGCGGCACCAACCUGUGCAUCUUCGAGACGUGGCGCUGCGAUGGCCAAGAGGAUUGCCAGGACGGGAGCGACGAGCACAACUGCCUGGUGAUCGUGCCCAGGAAGGUCAUCACGGCGGCUCUCAUUGGGAGCCUGGUGUGCGGGUUGCUCUUAGUGAUCGCUUUGGGAUGUGCCUUUAAGCUGUACUCCUUACGGACCAGGGAAUACAGGGCAUUUGAAACCCAGAUGACCCGUCUGGAGGCGGAGUUUGUGAGACGUGAAGCUCCACCUUCCUAUGGGCAACUGAUUGCUCAGGGACUUAUUCCGCCAGUGGAAGACUUCCCCGUUUACAAUGCAUCACAAGCCUCCGUCCUGCAGAACAUCCGAACGGCAAUGAGGAGGCAGAUGAGGCGCCACUCGUCCAGACGUAACUCCUCCCGCCGGCGCUUGGGCCGGCUGUGGAACAGAUUCUUUCACAGGCCACGGGCAAGAGGUCAGAUCCCCCUAUUGAACCCCACUCACACCUCGCAGACGGUGCUGGGGGACGGGAUCAUCAACCGCACAGACGGGGCGGCCACACAGAGCCUCCCCCCUUCUCCUGAAGGAGCUAACGUCGAAACAGAGAACUGCAGCCCGGAUCGGGAACCCCAGGAAUCCGAAAGCAGCAAUGUGCAGCUAGGGACAGAAGCUGCGGAGUUGCUGCCCUUGGGUGUUUCGUCGGACGUUUGCACGGCUGCCUCGGCAGACUCGGAGAACAGGCACGGCAACAAGCCCGCAGGUGCCGACGCUACCUCCAGUGGUGAGGCUAGACAAACCAGCAAGGUCGAUUCAGGGAAAACAUUUAGAGACCCUUUGUCAGAAAGGGUUACGGAAAUACACCCGCGUGGGAGGUCGGUACCCAGAAGGACAAUUGCAGAGAACCGAAGUUCGAACAGGAGUAGUUUGCUGAGUGAAGAGCCUUGUAGGCUGCCCUUUAAAAAGUGGGAGUCUAUGUACUCUGACAGCCCGACGAAUGUUCCCAUCCAGCUGGAGGGCCAACACCGCUGUUGUAUGCAUUCAUAUCACGAAGAACCGUUGGGCAUUCACCCAGCUUGUUGCCAUUCCAUGGAAGUGCCAAUACUAGAAUCCCCUCCCCCGCUCUCCGAAAUCAGCCCCAGCGAUGAUGAGUCUUUACUGGUUUGCUGAUGGGACUGUGCUGGACUCUUGAUGGGCUUUUGUGACCUUUUUCAAUUAUGUUGUGAUGCACACCAUUCA